AUGUACAAAACCGGAGAUCUAGCACGACAUGACCAGAACGGCGAUAUCAUAUUCUUUUGGAGAAAGAGUGAGUUUGUCAAGAUCCGCGGGUUGCGCGUGGAACUGGGUGAAAUAGAGACCAGAAUCAACUCGUUGCUGAAUGGUGGGCGAUCAGCUGUUCUGGUUAGGGAUAAAGAUGGCGACCCGGAAGUCGUGGCCUUUGUGGAAAAAGGGCACGGGCACGAAAUGUCAUCCACCAACUGGAUUCGCAGAAGGCUGAGAAACUUUCUCCCCUCUUACAUGGUUCCAUCUAUAUUCAUCCCCAUCGAUACAAUGCCAUUAACCAGUUCUAAGAAGAUUGACCGCCAGUCCUUACGAGAGAUCCCUGCCGAUAGGAUCAUCGCCAUUGAGAUCAGCCAUUUGGUUGUUGAUAUCUUGGAAGCUAAACGGACGUCAUCCAUGGAGUUUCUGCGCGAGCCAGACUUCCCACUAGUCAAUGCCGGUUUCAAUUCAGUCCACAUCUCGUUUCUGGCGGCGUCAAUCCGCAAGAAGUACGGAAAGAAUAUCACUAUUACCGAUUUGCACCGACCAGGAACAACGGUGUGUGGUAUUGAGGAAAUGAUUGCGGGAACAAAGGCCGGGGAAGUCACAAAAGGAAGCUCUAGAAACCUUCUCGAAGAUCUCGGGGCAAUAAAGAAGAGGCUCCCCUUUUCAACCGAGACUCCGCCCUUUCAAUUUGCCUCAAAAACGAUCCUCCUCACCUCCAUAACCGGAUUCCUGGGAAGGCAAAUGUUACGAUUUCUAUUGCAACAUCCCAGCGUCAACCGAAUUAUAGGUUUGGUCAGAGCCAAAGAUCUUGACCAGGCUCGUGAGAAAAUCAAACAGCAAGCCUUGAUCGGACAGUGGUGGCGUGAUGAGUAUCAAUCUCGCAUUGAAAUCUGGCUAGGCGAUUUGAGCAAGCCUCGAUUGGAUCGAUGGGAUCAUUCACAACGGAGCCAAGGUAAACUGGUUGGAAGCUAUGAUACCCUCGAGGCAACGAAUGCUAACAGCACUGCUGAUAUUCUCUCUGCGAUUGCAAAUAUGAAAGUGCAAUGUCCACUCAAUUAUGUAUCGGGAGGAUAUCUAUCCUUCACCAACGAAACCCAACACCAAAUUGCUCGAAACCUUGCAAGAGCUAGCGGGUACGACCAAACCAAAUUCAUGUCCGAGUUGAUAGUUGGCGAAUACAACUCGUACCUUCAGAACCAUGCCUCUCGUUUCCCUCGUGCUAUCACAACGAAACCGGGGUUCAUUGUUGGGACAAAGGAUGAAGGGGUGGUCUAUACGGACGACUUCCUGUGGAGAUUGGCCUUUAGCAUCCUAAAACUUGGUGCCAUCAGCCAGGACCUUGUUGAGUCACAUAUUCCCGUAGCAGGUGUGGACCACGUAGCCUCAAACACGAUCGAGAAUCUCUUCACAGCACCCGGGAGUACGCGGAUCCAACUCUUGGAUGGUGUGAGCAUGGCGACCUUUUGCGAUAUACUGCACAGUCAAACUGGUAUCCCCAUCAAGACGAUGCACCAUGGCCCGUGGAUGAAGAUCCUUCAGACAGAUGUCGAGCAGGCCGAGUACGACCAUUCAUUUCUCCCUUUAAUGGAGUGGUUCCGGGCAAACGCGCAUGAUCUCAUGGGCAAUCCAUCCAAUGAUUACAAUCAGCAUUUCGAUGAAGACAUAAAGGCUGCCUUGGUUAAGAGCACGGGAUACAUGAUGAAUAUUGGCUUCUUGCCUUCUGUCUGCGGAUGGACACAAAAGAAAGAUGUAGCACUCUUCAGUCGGCCUGGAUGA